ACCUGUUGGUUAAUGAGAGGCUUUCAGCUCUGAAGCCGAUUUUUUUUCCUGCCUAUAAUCAAGUUGGUUCGGGGUUGAAGACUCGUGUCAAGAUGGCAGCAGCUUCAACAAAUUCAGGGCAAGGGUCCACCAAGAUAACUCCUGAAGUAUUACAAGAGAUGCUCCAGUACUACAACCUGAGCCGCCAGGAGUUUAUCAACACUUACAACAUCCAGCCGCUCGUCUACAUCCCCGAGUUACCGUACAGCGCCAAGACCACCUUCGUGAUUAUGUAUAUGCUUAUUUUCCUGCUGGCUCUGGCGGGAAAUAGUUUGGUCAUCUACAUAGUUGUGAAGAAACGGGCGAUACAGACGGCGACAGAUAUUUUUAUUUGCUCUCUGGCGGUCAGCGACCUGCUCAUCACUUUCUUCUGCAUACCUUUCACUUUGCUGCAGAACAUCUCGUCUGAAUGGUUCGGAGGUGUUCUGGUUUGCAAGACAGUUCCCUUUGUACAGUCAACAGCCAUAGUGACAGGCAUCCUCACGAUGACCUGCAUUGCCAUUGAGAGAUACCAGGGCAUUGUCUUCCCACUAAAAAUGAGGAGGCAGUACUCGUCCAAAAGAGCAUACAAGAUGCUAGGGCUGGUAUGGCUUGCCUCAGUGAUUGUGGGUUCACCAAUGUUGUUUGUGCAACAGCUUGAGGUGAAGUACGACUUCUUGUAUGAUCACUACCACGUGUGUUGUCAGGAGAGCUGGCGCUCUCUGACUCACAGGCAGGUGUACACCACCUUCAUCAUGGUGGCUCUUUUCCUGCUUCCAUUGGCAGCCAUACUUUUCCUCUACACACGUAUUGCCGUUGAAUUGUGGAUCCGCAAGAGGGUGGGCGACUCCUCGGUCCUCAACACCAUGAACAACAGAGAGAUGAUUAAGAUCUCAAGGAAAAAGAAAAGAGCCGUCAAAAUGAUGAUCACCAUCGUUCUGCUUUUCACCAUUUGCUGGGCACCAUUCCACACAGUCCACAUGAUGUUUGAAUACAAUGACCUGGAGAACAAAUAUGACGGAGUCACACUAAAUAUGAUCAUCGCCAUUGUUCAGGCCAUCGGGUUCUUCAACAGCUUCAACAAUCCCAUCGUGUACGCCUUCAUGAACGAGAACUUCAAGAAGAGCUGCGUCUCCACCCUCUCCCACUGCAUCCGAAAGCCUAACCAGCAGGGCGGCGUCGUGGCGGCGCCCAAACUGAGCGUGCAGUUUAUCAAACCACAAAGCAGACAAGCCUUCAUGAAGACGGACGAAGACGAUAGCUCGAAGCAGCACGCGGCAGAAAAAGGAGCUUCGAGUUCGUCGCACGAAGAGAGCUUGUUGGAAGUUAUCGGAGAAAAGAUCUCCUCCAUCCAAACGGAGCUCCCUGGAAACAGCGGCUCUCAAGUCAAAUGAGAACCAGCUCAAAGUUCUGGAGUUCAACCUCAACCCUUCCUGUUCGCUGUCAAUCAAGCAGCUGGAGGGGAGUCAGAUGUGAUUUCAAGUCUCACAGUUGUGGUCCAAAGACCCAGAAAUGUCCAACAGCUUGGAAACAGUGCCAAAACCAAUACCGUCCAUUAUUUAAUUAUCUUGGAGGAAACCAGGAAGGAAUACCAAUGACGGCCCUCUGGCGCUAAAGAAGACUUCCCCUUGGAGCAUCAGAAACAGAAGUCAGACUCUGAAAUCAUCAUUUGUUACCGAAAUUAUCUCUGAAAUCUGCAGGACAUUCAGUCCCCUCUCCGUGGGUCUCGUUUGAUGAUAUGUAGGAGGGAACAGCCUUUAAUGUCAUCCCAGAUAAGCUCAAACUGUUACCACUGAGCUGUUUGGAAAAGGACACUUACUUUACAGCGCCAUAAGCCUUUUAGCAGCACAGGAUGACGCCUAGGCUUUUAACGCAAUGCUAAAUGUGUGCUGUGAGCGUUUAACAAAGUUCAGCUCAGGUUCAAUUGCAAAACCUUGUUUUAAUAAGGUUUCUGUUCAGCCUCUUAAACAUUUGUAUUGCUUUAGAAAUUUUUUGGAGGUCACCUCCAUAUUGUUGGAAGAGCAAACAUCGCUUCAACAUGAGUUUAAAUGUGUUUGCUUAAUGGUGCUGUGGAAUAUUUUUGUAAUGUUGAUAUCUAAACGUGACUUAGGUGAACGUCAUCACUUUGUUGUAUCUUUAAAGUUAGUAACGCGUUCUGUGAAGAUAUGUUUGGUAACGACAGCUUGGCUUUUAUACAAGGAU